AUGAAAUGGCUAACCCUUUUAACUUCCAUAACGGCCCUCCAAUUACCGUUCUUUAACGACCCCAUAGGUAGCCACUACUCCUCCAUCAACCCUCAAGACCAUCCCAUCAACCUCACCCAGUACAACGACGACAUUGUCAUCAGAGCUCACUACACUGAAGCCAACUAUGCUGAAUUAAGGAAGUUCAAAAUCUGGGGCAAAUCCACCGUCAACAGAACCAUAGAUAUCCAGCUCACUCCUGGAGACAUAAUCCAACUCAAGAAAUCCACUGGUGUUGAUUAUACCGUGAUCAUUGAAGAUUUAGCCCAAAAAGUCUAUGAAACUUACCCCCAAGUCAAUGAAAUUUCCACCAAAGACAGCCCUUUCAAGUACCAGAUGACUCAUGACAUCCUCGCCGACAUGGAGGCCAACAUCUUCUCCGAGCUUUUCUUCAAAGAGUAUCGUCCGUUAGAGACCAUUAAUGCCUGGCUCAGUCUCAUCGCUGAGAGUUUCCCUGAUUUGGUAAAGAUAGAUAAAAUAGGCGAGACCUAUGAACACCGAGAUUACAACGUUAUUCACCUCUCGGACCAUUCUACCGACAACCAUAGUGAUAAGAAGACCAUUGUCAUCACUGGAGGGGUCCAUGCACGGGAAUGGAUCAGUGUAUCGACGGUAUGCUACCAAUUAUAUUCCAUCUUACAACAUUAUUAUAACAAUCCUGAUGAGGUUUUGCUCCACAAUCUCGAUUUCUUGUUCAUUCCGGUGUUAAACCCUGACGGUUACGUGUACAGUUGGGAGACUGACCGUUUAUGGAGGAAAAAUCGUCAAGAAACCAUCAAUCCUAAAUGUUUCGGUAUUGAUAUUGACCAUUCCUACGAUUUCCAUUGGACUAAAUCUUCCGAUUGGCCCUGCGGUGAAGAGUACAGUGGAGAAUUACCUUUUGAGUCCAUUGAAUCAAAGAUUUGGAACGAAUACCUCACCAACAAUAACCAUAAUCAUGAGAUUUUUGGUUAUAUCGACUUACAUUCUUACUCCCAAGAGAUUCUUUUCCCCUUUGCCUUCUCUUGCACGGAGAAUCCUCGGGAUGAGGAGAAUCUUUUGGAAUUGGCCUACGGAAUCUCCAAGUCCAUGAGACAGAAACAUGGCAAAACUUAUAAUGUGUUGCCAGCAUGUCAAGACAAGGAUGCCGACUUGCUUCCUGACUUAGGUAGUGGUACGGCCUUGGACUUUAUGUACCAUAAUAAGGCAUAUUGGGCUUAUCAGUUGAAAUUGAGAGAUUCAGGAAAUCAUGGGUUUUUGUUACCUUCGAAGUACAUUGAGCCGGUGGGUGAAGAGGUGUUUGAAGGGAUAAAAUAUUUCUGUGGAUUUAUAUUGGAAGAAUAA